UGCGUUCAAAGACAUUACUGACAUUACCCACAGAUAGCUGACUUUUCUCAUAAACUCUGCUUUCCAUGCCAGCAUCGCAUUUUCUCAAGAUUUCCAGUCGAAAGUGUUUUGCACCCGCACAGCAUCUUUGGCUCCGAGCUGUCAAAACUGAGGACCCCGGUCUAUCAUGCAUGCCGCUGGGCGAGGGUCUAUGGAGUAUCCGAGUCGGAAUGACUUCACAUGGCCUUGAUGAACUUGGAGAUAUAACCUCUGUAAACGUGGUGUCACGAAAGUCGACUGUUAAGUCUGGCCAGGACCUGCUCGAAUUGGAAUGGGAAGGAUUUAUACAAACCGAAGCCGAUGAACUGUACCAUACCGUUUGGGGGUCGAUCGAGGGGAAGAAAAUUGUUAAAGCUCCAGUCGGCGGGUCUCUAGUACAGAUAGUAAACCUUUCCCUAGAAGGAGAAAUAGACGAGGAUACUGUUAUCGCAGAAUUAUCCUGCAACGAGUCGGACCUUAAGCAAGCUUGUGCAAGCUGGCUUGACGAUGAAGGCUACAAUGCGUUGCUUGCAAAAGAAGUACCGGGUAGGUUUGGAAAGGAAACGUCAAGAAGUAGAUGAAAGCCAUUCCAUCCGGUCAAGAUUGAUCUGUUCUCACGUUUUAAUCAACCAAUCAAAUGUUCUAUCAAAUUUGAACAUAGACUACUGGAGGCAAGCCUGUACAAAAAUCCCAGGGUCAUAUUAGCGGGAUGACGAUCCACACUGCCAGAGCC